GUUGACAGUUCCGACACUCCGACAAGUUCCGACAAUUAUGAGGACGGUGUCGGUGCUCGCGUGGACGGCGACCUUGGCCUCCAGCCUCGUGGCCGGCAGGAACAGCUCGACCGAGUACCCGACCAAGUCGGGCAUCAGGACGUGGGUGGACCCGGAGACGCCCGCGGACCGGCAGAUCUACUUGAGCUCGCGCGGCCGGCAAUGGGAGCUCGUCAUGAGCGACGAGUUUAACGUGGCGAACCGCAGCUUCCGGCCGGGCGACGACCACAUGUGGACGUCGCUGGAGAAGCCCGACGGCGUCAACGGCGCGCUGGAGGUCUACGCGCACAAUAUGACGAGUACCAAGUGCGACAACGACGGCACGUGCUACUUCUACAUCGAGACGGACACGGACAACGUGACCAUCUCGGUCUACAACAUGUACAAGCACCCGCCUGGGUACCAGAACGCGUCCUUCUACUACCGGGCCGCCAUGGUGCAGUCCUGGAACAAGUUCUGCUUCCAGGGAGGCAUGCUCGAGGUGCGUGCUCAGCUGCCGGGCGCCGUGUCCAAGGCGUCGAACAAUCCGGAUCUGGCGCUGGGCAAGUCCGGCCAGGUGACCGACACCACGUACUACCCCACGUGGCCCGGUAUCUGGAUGAUGGGGAACCUCGGCCGAGCCAUUUUCUCCGCGUCCACGAACCGCAUGUGGCCCUUCUCCUACAACAAGUGCGAGCCCGACAUCUUCGACCCCGUCAACCAGCGCAUCAGCGCGUGUGACGACGACCCGGGCUACGGCCUGAACCCGAACCAAGGCCGUGGAGCGCCGGAGAUCGAUCUACUGGAAGGCGGCGGCUUGGCCAUCUCGUCAUCACUGCAGAUCGCGCCUGGAAUGCCCAGCGACUUCCGGCUCUUCCCUGCGGACGCCAAGGGAGCUGACCUCACCAACCCGUACUGUGUGUACACGUACGACUGCAAGACGCAAGGUGCAAAUUUGAUCGAUGUCCCUACAUCGUACUACGAGAAGGAGCGUGGACACAAGUCUUGGUACCAGGGACUUCGGUACGCGGCCAACAACUACUGCUCCAAGAAGAGCAGCAAGGUGCAGAGCUUCACGACCAUCAACUCGUCGGUGGCCCGUGGAAUUACGCAGAACUCGUGCACAACGUCGACGUGUCCCGCGUCGCUGGACGUCAAUGGAGACUUGAGUAUUAUCGACGGUACGGGCAAGAACCACUGGGGCAUCAACUCGAACGGCACGUGCUUCCCCAUCAUGAACUCGUACAUGGGCUCGUACCUGUGUGACCCCGACAACUCGGACGGACGUUGUGCUAGCCCGCGUAACUCGUCGACGCCCCGAUCGUACGCCAUGGACCCGUUCAACUAUCAGAUGGACGCUAUUUCGUCUAACUGGCCCGUGCACCUCGGAGCCUACACAGAUUAUCUGACCUACCAGCUCGAGUGGGUCACCGGCGAGAACGGCUACGUGCGCUGGAUGCUCGACAGUAGCCCGUUGUUUGAGGUCACGACCGACGCGUUCUCCAACGUCCCGCAGAACGCCAACAACAGCAACCCCGAGAAGGUCAUGUUGGAGGAGCCCAUGUCGCUCAUCUUUAACGUUGCUCUGUCUAGCUCCUGGGGUACGAGGCCUCCUAAUGCUGGUGGUGAGUGCCGCGGCGAUGGCUCGAACGAGAAGGUCAACAAGAUCUGCGACGAGUUCCCCAUGUUUAUGAAGAUCGACUACAUCCGGCUGUACCAGGACUUGGGUGACGAUCUCGAGGCCGACAACUACAUGCAGGUCGGCUGCGACCCGGCCAGCCACCCGACCAAGGAGUGGAUUCUGGGCCACAUCGACGAGUACCAAGACAACGACAACCUCGUGACGGAGGUCUCGGCGGCCAAGAGGAACGAGGCGGCCAUCAAGGCCAGUAUGAUGAUGACCAAGAGCAACCCGGAAGCCCGAGUCCCCGACACGAACAGCUACGUCUCGCACGUUCGCUCCUUCCAUGGCAUGUUGGGGAUCAAACCUUUCGUGCAGGAAUCGGUGCAGGCACUACCGGCAGCUCAACUGCGUCUGCUGGCCGAGACGCUCCGAAUCGACCUCCGAGGAUGCGAAGACCGCGGUGACAUUGAGCGAGUACUGACCGGGUUGGUCUGUCUGGACCAAGACACCUCCCUCGGUGUCUUCCUCGCCUGGUUGCGGUCCGCAGACCUGCAACAGCACAAGAACGGAAUCCUCGCCAGCAAGAAGCCCAGAUUCAACAACACCUUCCUCCCAGCGAUCUCCUCACCGCCUACCGACAACCAGAAGUCGAGAUCCGAGGCUGUGAAGGACCACCACCUCGACGACGAGAUCAAGCAGCAAUUAGCCGAGCUGGAAGUGCUGGAGACGUCGUUCAAGAAGGCCGAGCGCCUGGUGCACACGGGCGCUCCGAGCUUUGAGAAGUUGAAGCAAUUCUUGAUGGAGCUGACGAUCUUGAGAGCUAAAGAGCAGUCAGCGAGGGCUUUCCUGGUUCGACAGGCGAAUGUUCUCAAAGAGCAGCACGACGAAAUGCGCGCCGAGAUGCUGCACUCGCGCGCUCAGUUGGAUUUCUUCGUCGAGGGCUUCACGAACUUGAGGAAACGCCACGACGCGCUGCUGGAAGACGCCACUCGGAUGAAGGCCGAGAGCGAGACGACUCAGGACAUCUUCGUCUCCAUGAGCGCGCACGAUUGCUACUUCGAGCAGCUCAUGAAGAAUACGCUGUGGCAGCAAAUGCGCGACAAUGACGAGAUGAAGAGGAGACUCCAGCAGGCGCACGACGAUCUGGAGGCUGCGGCUCAGAAGCGAAAAGAGCUCGAGGCGCAGAUUUCGCAGCUGAAGCAGCAGCGUGGGGACGCACAGAAGGACGCGUACUGCUACAAGCGACAACUUCGGGUCUGUAAAGCUCGCAUGAGGAAGCUGCAACAGGCUGGAGGGGGUGUCAAUGGAUCAUUCUUCCGAGAUCAGGCCGUGGCACUACGCCAAACGGUGGCUACGCUUGUCAGACUGCUACGCGAUGCAGUUGUGAGGGACACAAAGUCACCCAAGCAGACACUGAGCAAGGAAGCUCUUCGUAUACUGCACCAAAUUUUAACUCCAGUCGUUAGCGUAUCUGAAAAUGAGUCAAUCUCGUCGUGGUCUCUCCGCGGAGCUGACAAUCAACAGGAGCCCGAGAGUGAGGAAGUAGAUGCUACCCAACCUCGAGUCAUUCAACGACGUACUGAUCACGAUAUCGAUGAAGUAAUACGAGGCGUUCUACUAGUGGAAGGCGCCAAGCCAACGGACGGCGCUGAGUCCUACGCCGAGCCACUCAAAAAGCACGUCUUUGACUUGAUGGCAGCGCAGGGCAAACGUGGCUUCGUCAUGUACAACUGGCCGUUUACAAGCCGUGACGUGAACUUGCUCACUGCAAUGGGGUUGCCGGUCGACAGCGUGAUCAACCUCGAGAUUGGCGGCGGCGUCCAACCCCCUCCCACUGCAGCAGCCAUCCCAGCCGUCACCUCUGCAGCAAAGGCUGUUCCUUCGACCUCUGCUUCCCCAGUGGUAAAGCCUAAAACUCCUGCAGUCACGUCAAAACCCGCCACAACGAGCAGCAGUACACGAGGAAAAGCCCCUACUCCAAGCCCCGCUGCUCGAGGCAAAGCUUCGCCGACCAAACCCGCUGCUGCGUCAAAGUCUCCAGCUAAACCGGUAGGUCGAACUACAGCACCAACUGCAGCAGCGAAGACUCGAGCAGCCAGCCCCACUCGUCCCGCAGCCGUGAGUUCAAAGAAACCAACCAGCUCGAUACCUUCAUCGCCGUCAAAGCCCAAGUCCCCAAGCGUACCGUCAAAACCGAUAAAGCCUGGCUCAAGCUCCUCUCAACUGAAGCCGAAGACCUCCGAAGUGACCAAAGCCGUCAAGAAGGUGCUGACUGCAGCCUCGAUGCUGCAAGGCUUGGGUGGCAUUCUGCAGCCGGUGGGUCCCGCAGCGUUCCCCGCUGAGCGUGUGAACGCCAUUCUGCAGGUUCUGGAGCAGCAGAAGCGCCGCAAAUUGGCGCCGGUCGUGCAAUGGGAUGAAGCCACUCGCCGCACCAACGAGAUGCUCGCCAUGUGGGCCGAGGAAGUCCACAUGCUCGUGCACCUCGAGCAAGAGAGUCGCAAGCCGCAGAAGCCGCAGACGCCAGCCCCGGCCAGUCCCGCCAAGUCCACUACCUCCACGUCCCCAAAACGAGCCGUCAGUCCGUCCAAAACCGGCAGCAAGUCGUCCGCAGUCAAGGCCAAAGCCCCUGUCAGUCCAACGCGCAGUAGCCCAACAAAAGCCAAGACAACUUCAACCACGGCAACUAAAGCUCGACCAGCGAAAAAGUAG